ACUAUGGCGGCUGCCAGAUCUUUCAGCUUCACCAAACGUUUAAAUAUUGUCAGUGUAUAGCCGUCCUCGUACUUUUCCAGUCACUUAUGGUAGCGUCUCGCAGUAUAUCCAGCUAUUAACUGAAAGGAUGGCGAGGCCUUUCGUUUAGGAACAUGUCUGUGUGUCAGUCAUAUUCCCUCGGCUGUUAUGUGGAGCGGGGACUGGAGAGCUACGAAAAAGCGACCGUGAAUUUGAAAAGAAGCGUUUUCAGUCGCUGAUGAUUUCAUCUGGUAGCUUUCCGACCGGGUCUCUCGCAAAAUCCCAAAGAUGAAAUUUACCGAGCAUCUGUCGGCGCACAUCACCCCGGAGUGGAGGAAACAAUACAUCCAAUAUGAGGCUUUUAAGGAGAUGCUGUACUCUGCCCAGGACCAGGCUCCGUCAGUUGAAGUCACAGAUGAAGACACUGUUAAGAGAUACUAUGCCAAGUUUGAGGAGAAGUUCUUUCAAACAUGUGAGAAGGAAUUGGCCAAAAUUAACACAUUUUAUUCAGAGAAGCUGGCAGAGGCGCAGAGGCGUUUCGCCACGCUGCAGAACGAGCUGCAGUCGUCGCUGGACGCGCAGCGUGAGAGCAGCCGCGCCCCGGGCCUGCGCAGUCGCGCCCGCCGCCGCCCUGUCUUCCACCUGUCGCAGCAGGAGCGCUGCAAGCACCGCAACAUCAAAGACCUGCAGCUGGCCUUCAGCGAGUUCUACCUGAGCCUCAUCCUGCUGCAGAACUAUCAGAAUCUGAACUUCACUGGUUUCCGGAAGAUUCUUAAGAAGCAUGACAAGAUUUUCGAGACGGCACGGGGGGCAGACUGGCGUGUCAUCCACGUGGAAGUUGCACCCUUCUACACUUGUAAGAAGAUCACCCAGCUCAUCUCUGAGACUGAGGCCCUGGUUACAGCGGAGUUGGAGGGGGGUGACCGACAGAAGGCUAUGAAGAGGCUUAGAGUGCCUCCCUUGGGUGCAGCCCAGCCUGCGCCGGCAUGGACAACUUUUAGGGUCGGAUUGUACUGCGGAGUCUUCAUCGUUUUAUUAGUCACCAUCACCAUCACAGGCGCGGUGAGCGCAGUGAAAUUCGGCGCGGUGAAAUUCGGCACGGUGAAAUUCGGUGCGGACAAAUCAGCAGUGUGGCCGCUGGUGCGGAUCUACCGUGGCGGCUUCCUGCUCAUCGAGUUCCUCUUCCUGUUGGGCAUCAACACGUAUGGCUGGAGGCAGGCGGGUGUCAACCACGUGCUGAUCUUCGAGCUGAACCCACGCAACAACCUCUCCCACCAGCAUCUCUUUGAGAUUGCUGGUUUUCUAGGAGUGCUGUGGUGUGUCAGCAUCCUGUCCUGUCUUUUCUCUGAGGCCAUAAUGAUCCCAAUUUGGGCCAACCCUCUAGCGCUCUAUGGCUUCUUCAUGCUUUUCCUCAUCAAUCCUUUCAAGACCUGCUAUUAUAAAUCACGCUUCUGGUUGCUCAAGCUUCUGUUUCGAGUGGUCACAGCUCCGUUUCACAAAGUGGAGUUUGCUGACUUCUGGCUUGCUGAUCAGCUCAACUCCCUGGCUGUACUUCUAAUGGACCUGGAGUACCUUGUCUGCUUCUACAGCUUGGAGAUAAACUGGACACCAAGCUAUGAAAUAUCUAAUGGUAUAUGUAAUUCAUACUCCUACGGGGUGCGGGCUGUCAUCCAGUGCUUGCCGGCGUGGUUCCGAUUCGUGCAGUGUCUGAGACGUUACAGGGAUACUCGGCGGGCUUUUCCCCACUUGGUCAAUGCUGGCAAAUACUCCACAACCUUCUUUGUGGUGACCUUUGCAGCACUCUACAACACACACAAAGUUCGCAAAGAUAAUGCUUCAGAGGCGGACAUUUUCUUCUACCUGCUGAUUGCGUUCUCUGUGAUCAACUCGUGCUAUACACUUGUGUGGGACCUAAAAAUGGACUGGGGCCUUUUUGACCGCAACGCAGGGGAGAACGCACUUCUCAGAGAGGAAAUAGUAUACCCACAGAAGGCUUACUAUUACUGUGCCAUAUUAGAAAAUGUGAUCUUACGCUUUGCCUGGACAAUUCCUAUUACUGUCAGAGCCACGUACCAUGUUGACAUUGCUGACAUUUUGGCCACUGUUCUUGCACCUUUAGAGGUUUUCAGACGCUUUGUGUGGAACUUCUUCCGUCUGGAGAAUGAGCAUCUGAACAACUGCGGCGAGUUCCGUGCUGUGCGUGACAUAUCCGUGGCACCGCUGAAUGCCGACGACCAGACCCUGCUGGAGCAGAUGAUGGACCAGGAGGAUGGUGUGAGGAACAGGCAGGGCAAGAAGAGCUGGAAGCGCAGUUACAGCAUGUCGCUCCGACGGCCGCGCCUCGCCUCCCAAUCUAAAAUCCGUGACACCAAGGUACUGAUAGAGGACACGGACGAUGACACCUGACAUCUGGCCGCACUCUUCAGCGCUCAUUCGAACCCUAGAAAUGGAUCACGGUCCCCUCAGGGACCUUAAGCCUUCCAUGGCUAUUCAAUCAGUCCAUCACAAAGCUGCCUGUUUACACCACACACACACAGUCAUGUACAAACUCUUCACGCACACACUGGCACUCACUCACUAUAUUCACUAGUACAGGCUUUUAACAGGAACAGCCACUUGUCAGUUACUGUAUUAUCUUUUUUGAUUUGUUGUUACUACCUUGAUUAUUUUCAAAGCUCUGUUACUUGGAAGAUGAAAAUAAUCAAAGACUGUAUGAACCUAUAUGUACAUUCCCAUAACAGGGAUCUAGAGGUGAUAAUCAGAAAAAAUAAGACUGGCUCUGGAGUUGAACCUCCAGAAAUGAAGAGAUUCACCAACAUGUUGUAUACCAUGUCUCUUUAUAUGUUUUUAUGAAGACUAUUGUAUUGGUCAUGUAGCAGUCCUGUAGAUGCUUUUUUUUUAUUUUUAUGAAUGUACAUUAUAUUGUUAUUUAUGUGAAGGAUAGUUGACAUUGCCUUUGAUCGUUUAAGAGGAAAUUCUGUUAAAGGACGGUGACAAUGUAGUAUGCCUGUCUCAGAUCUUUCCCAGUAUGGACCUCCAUUUUGUACAUGUAUUUCAAAACCCUCAGGUGGCAUUGAUGAGAUUUAUGAAAUGACUCUGUCAUGUUCAAGCACUCCAAAAAAUGCCCCACUUAUGCAGGCCUAGCUAAAAAACCACUGAACUAAACUUGACAAAGGUUCAUGAAAAAGUGUGCGUGCGUGCAUGUGCGUGUGUGCGUAUGCGUGCAUUGAAAAAGCAUAAUGCCAGUUUGAACCAGUGCUGCUUGAUAGAACCUGCUGGUGGUUUAUCUAGCAGAGUUUAGGAAUACAGCUCGUUUAAGAGCAAGCCAAAUAUCGGAAACAUUCCGUGAGAGCUUUGUAGUGAUUGCAGUGGGGGAAUUGAAGUUCAUGCUUAAAUUGGUAGCUCUGGAUCAGCUAGUGAUCUACAGUACAAGCAGUCCCUAAUCCCCUCAAACCCUUGUCAUUUUUUUUUCUUCGUUAUUCGGAACAUUAAAGUAGAAAGCCAAUUGGUCGGUGGUGUAUCUUUAUUUGUAUCAUCACAUUCCAUUCUAGUAGCCAUUCCAAGUGAGUUUUGUUCUAUCUACUUUUACUCUUUGUUUAUGUCUUCCAGAGUCAGACCCAGUCCUCAAAAGCCACCUAAGGGUUUUACUGAUAUAAUGGUUUUUAUCCCACUUUGAUCUGGAGCCCCCGUUUGGAUCUGUGUAACCUCUGAAGCUGUCUCUGGCACCUGCCGAACUGAGGACUUACGCAUGGUGUGCAUCAGGGAUCAAUCCUGGAUCCCAUUGAAAUGGACUGUUACAUUCCGUGAGGAAGCAUAGCCAACAAGCCUUUGCACAGAAAAGAGAGGAGUUCCUACUCCCAGUAGUAAUUGUUGUUAUUACCAUUGUGGUGCAUAGGAGCUGGGCUGAUUUAUGCCCUUUGGGAACAUAGAUUCACUUCAGUGCAUCUGCAAUAACCGGAAGGCUCCUCUUCAGAUAUCAUGUCAUGUACUACUGUCCCAAGUAAAUGCUUGGACCAAAA